AGGAUUGGUGAGAUCUUAUUAUUGGGCUCCUACUCCAUCUCUCCUUUGCUUCACCUACUCCCACAUCCCUUCCCCAUCCCCUCCCAGGAGACAGCGGCUCGCGGCAGCUGCCGGCUCGGCCGCGGCCUCCUGGUCCCACCUUCCCCUUCCCUUGUGCCCAGGCUUGGUGUCCCCUGGGGGCCUUUUCAGAGGGUUGGGUUGCGGGCUUGUGGCCUUGCUCUGUGGAGGGGUUGAAGGGGCUGUCAGUGCUGGUGUGUUAUGGUAGUUUUGCCCUGAGACGGAGCUGUCUCAGAUCUUGUCCCCUUCGCUAUGAUGAGUGACAUCGUUAGCAGUUGGAAGCUGGAGCAGUUUGUGCUCCAGAAGUGUCUCCCCCCAAUUUGGUCACCAGGGUCUUUUCAGGGCCCAGAUGCUUACCAGCAGCUGUGCCAGCAGUGGGAGAGCUGGUCGGAAGAGAACAAAAAGCCCAAACCCACUAAUAAGUGUAAGAAGCGAGCGGCUUUGCAGGGUUUGCUGAUGGUAGGCAGGGAGUUGUCCAAAUUGCUGAAGGAGGCUCUUGAGAACGUGCAGACCUUGGAGCAGGCCAAGGAGGAGCUCAAAGUCCAGGUGGACAACCUGCGGGCGGAGGUGCAGGGUUUGUGUGGGGACUCUCUGCGGAGCGCGGUGGAGAUUACCCGGCUGGAAAGCAAGCUGGGCUAUGAGAAGCUGAAAACAGAGGAGCUGAAAAAGGAGGUUGGCAAGUGGAUCGGGGAGACCCACGAUGCACAGAGCGCGGUGCGCGCGGUCCUGCAGGACGUCCAGCGGGACCGGGGCACUGGCCCCGAUCACAAGGUGUGCCAUGCCAAGAUCCAGGAGCUGGAGGCAGAGCUGGGGGUGUCAAGGGGCAUUGUGGCUGCCAUUAAAGGCAAGAGGACCCCGAUCGGGAAUGGUGAGGGGGAGGAUUCCCUGGACCUGCACCCACCCCACUAUGAUUAUGAGGAUGAUGUGUGGGGUGCUAACAGCCCCACCAGGCCGUCCCCCUAUGCUCCUCUGCGGGAGGAGGUGUGCCAGCUGCAAGUAGGGGAGGUAGAGGCUUCCAAAGAUAAAAAGGUCCCCCAUGAUGAGCCAGUCAGCCAUGUCCCACUCCAGCCCAUAGACACCAACAGGGCUGUGCUCUGGUUUACCCCUGAGCAGCUUAAGACAGUGGGGAAGAUGCUGGGACCACUGACAAAGGAGACAGCAAUUAACUGGCUGUCCAGGGUCCAGCGUCUGCCCAAGUGCCAGAGUGGCAACUUUGUGAGUGACCUGAUAGACAUUGUGAGAAAGUCCAUGAAACCUGAUGAUUUUGCGUCACUGCCGGGGGAUGUGCAGAUGGGCAAUGUCCAGGACAUUGGGGAUGUCCAGCUGGCCGUGCUUAAGGUGUUUUUCCCAGAGGUCAACCCCUUAGUGCUCUUCCACCAGGAGAAACAAAAUCCUGAGGAGAGGCCUGAUGCCUAUGUUAACCGUAAAAAGAUGCUCUAUCAGAUGGCUGGGCUGCCUGGCUCAAAGGACUCCCCCCCUGAUUUUGACAGGCCUGAAUUCAAGGAGCCUCUAGUGGUGGGGCUGACACCCCCACUGCGGGUGAUUGCUGGUGGGGAUGCAGCCAAAAAGCCUCUGUCAGAGCUGGAGCAGAUCCUAAACCAGAAUUUUGAGCUGCAAAAGCAGGCCUUCCCGGGGUACAUGCUGGGGGGGAAGAAAGGGAAAGCCCUGGGCAUGUCUUUCCAAAAUGCAGGGAUGAGAAAGAUGCAAGGAGACAACCGAAAAGAUCCUGAUAGCAAGGGGGGGUUGGGGAAGGAGAACCAGCAAGGGCUGAGGUUUCAGAAGUCUAACCCUUGGCGGGCUGAGCUGAGGAAGCGCUUGAUAAAAUACGAGAAACAGGAGGACAUUGAUGGCUUGCCGGAUGCGGAGCUCUUCCAAAAACUGGCCCUGCAUGAGGCCAAAAAAAACAGCAGCUCCCACCUCAUUGACCCGGGGGCUAAGGCUCAGCAAUAGGGCUGCCAGGCACCCGCAUCGCC